GUGUGUGUGUGUGUGUAUAUUUUGUCGUGACUUGUGCCGCCGAGAAAUUGAAAUUUUAAGCGUUUUCAAUUCUUUUCCCAUAUAUCAAUUGAAAUUAACAGAUUUCGCUAGCAUUAUAUUAUUAAAAAAGUGUGCCCAAAUACAUAGAUUAGCGCAGAACGUACGCAAACACGAGAAGAGAGCGGGAGAGCGUCAAACCAAGAGAACAGCCCGCCCGCGUGCCUAUACAUGUUGUAUGCGUGUGUGUGUGUGUGUGUGUAUGUGUGUGUUUAACUUAGCUUGCGUAUGCGUAUGAAUGGAGCGGGCAUGUUAUGUCUGUGAAUGUGUGUGUUGUACGGUUGGUUGGAAAUUGUGUGAUUAACUGCAGUCGUCGAUAGUCAUUAUUAUAUUACUACAUAGUCGAGCUGAAUCAACUGUGCCGGUGGCACCAGCAACAAUUGCACUCAUUUCCACUCAACGGCAUUUUUAACCGUUAAAACAACAACAAUAAAACAACAGCAGUCAGCCACAAGAGCAGCGCAAACACUAAAAAAGAAUUAACCAACACCCACGACGACAACAACAACUACAAGAACAACAAGCGGCAGAUCAGCGUUAAAGCAACAAUCGUGGAGAAUUCCAAUUGUAGUCGGUAGUUGGAUUGGAGCAGAAAAUGGAUAGCAAGGGUCGCAAAGUUAUUGUCUGUGAUAACGGCACCGGGUUCGUAAAAUGCGGCUAUGCUGGCAGCAAUUUUCCCGCGCACAUUUUCCCCUCGAUGGUUGGCAGGCCGAUAAUACGAGCGGUCAAUAAAAUUGGUGACAUCGAAGUGAAGGAUUUACAUGUCGAUGAUCUUAUGGUUGGAGAUGAAGCCUCACAGCUGCGCUCACUGCUCGAGGUAUCCUAUCCCAUGGAAAAUGGAGUUGUUCGGAAUUGGGACGAUAUGUGUCAUGUGUGGGAUUAUACGUUUGGCCCUAAGAAAAUGGACAUUGAUCCGACGAAUACAAAAAUAUUGCUGACAGAGCCCCCAAUGAAUCCCACAAAGAAUCGUGAGAAAAUGAUCGAGGUGAUGUUUGAGAAAUACGGGUUCGAUUCAACGUACAUUGCCAUACAGGCAGUACUUACACUGUAUGCCCAGGGUCUCAUAUCUGGUGUGGUUAUCGAUUCAGGCGACGGCGUAACGCAUAUUUGCCCAGUUUACGAGGAGUUCUCGUUGCCACAUUUGACGAGGCGUCUGGAUAUUGCUGGUCGUGAUAUAACGCGCUAUUUGAUUAAGUUACUGUUACUACGUGGCUAUGCCUUUAAUCAUUCCGCUGACUUUGAAACGGUGCGCAUCAUGAAGGAGAAACUCUGCUACAUUGGCUACGACAUUGAAAUGGAGCAACGUUUGGCACUUGAGACCACAGUGCUUGUGGAGUCUUAUACGUUACCCGAUGGCCGUGUCAUUAAAGUGGGUGGCGAGCGUUUUGAGGCACCUGAGGCGCUAUUCCAACCGCAUUUAAUAAACGUUGAAGGACCCGGCAUUGCGGAAUUGGCCUUCAACACAAUACAAGCAGCGGACAUCGAUAUACGUCCCGAGCUUUAUAAGCACAUAGUGCUCUCUGGUGGCUCAACCAUGUAUCCGGGGCUACCAAGUCGUCUGGAGCGUGAAAUUAAGCAGCUGUAUCUGGAGCGCGUUCUCAAAAACGACACGGAGAAACUGGCGAAAUUCAAAAUACGCAUUGAAGAUCCACCGCGUCGCAAAGAUAUGGUAUUCAUUGGCGGCGCUGUAUUGGCUGAGGUAACGAAAGAUCGAGAUGGCUUCUGGAUGUCCAAACAGGAGUAUCAGGAACAGGGUCUGAAAGUGCUGCAGAAACUGCAAAAGAUCAGCAACUAAACAACAAUGGCAACAACACAAACAUCAAUAACAUCAAAAGCUAAUUGGAACGAUUAUUGUUUGACACAAAAGCAUUAUUUGUUUUUGCAUUUGCAAAUGCAAUUCUUAAGUUAUUAUUCAUAGCCUUUUGAUAAGCGAUACAGAGAUUAAGAGAAUGAGACGGAGAUAGAGAAAGACAUAUAUAGAGAGAGAGCGGGAGAGUUAAUUAGUGAUCAGUGCUUACCACAUUGUGAGUGGUUAUAACUGCGAAUGCGAAUGCGAAUGCAGCGGGCAUAAUGUUUAUGUUCACUUCUUGCUUCUUUUGUAAAACCUCCUUCUUCCAAGUUUCCAAGUUACAUACAUAUAUUUGUAUAUGUACAGAGUUCGAGCGUACUUUUCACACGCCAAUCAUCUGUCAAUGCUUUAUUAGAAUUGUAGCCAAAGUCUGGCUCCGAUUUUGUAAGCAACUGUCAUCUGAAAUGUAAUUGUGUUCACCUACUAUUAAUAUUUUUAUGAUUCUUUUGUUUCCAUUUCCCUUUUUUUUUUUUACUAAAUAUAUACAUGUAUGCAUAGUUUGUAUUGAUAUUUUUGUAAACAAGUAUAUUUCAUUUGUACUAUAGCCAAUAGAAAGAAGUAUUUUCAUGUAUCCUUUUCAAAAAACAAAAAAAAAACAAAACAAAAAAAAAAACAACAAAAAAAGAGUAUUAAUCAAGUCUGGGCAAGAUGCUUAUAGUUAUAGCAGAAAUUGCAGCGAUUUUAAAUCGUCUGGGCUUUUGUGUGUGUGCGAAAGAGAAGGAGACAAUGAGUGAGCUGUAUAGUUUAAAGUGAGAUAAAUACAUACAUAAAUACAUACAUGCAUAGAAAAUGAUUUGUGCUAACUUAGUUAGUUGCCUGCAGCUGCGUUUGCUAGUUCAUAUUGCAAUAAAUGACUGCCCAUAAUAUUUAAAUCAAUAAAUCAUAUAUAAAUCAAACAAACAAAACACAAACUGUUCCAUUGUGCAUAUUAUUAAAUGCAAUAAACCGUAAUUGUGAGUCGAAGAAGA